UCCCGGAACCCUUUUUACCGGCUCGCUUAGGUCGGUCUGGAAAUCACUAGGCUUGGGCCUAAAGAGCCUCCCUCCGUAGCCAGGAGGGCCCACUGCGCACGCGUGCUGGUGUCCCGUUGGGUUUUCCUGGGGAGCGUGUCGGGGCAGUGCCGGUGAAGCGGCAUGUCAGCGGGAGACUCGGACUCCGCGCCAUCGUCCGCAGCUGUGGCUGCGCCCGGGUCUGGGGGCUUCCCUAUGGCUCAGACGGGAGUCCUAAACCUCAAUAACGAGGUGGUGAAGAUGAGAAAAGAAGUGAAGAGGACUCGAGUUUUGGUUAUUCGCAGGCUUACCAGGCGUAUCACCAAACUGAAGUCAAAAAAAGGUACUGAAGAUAUAUUAUCCAAAAAUCAAAGACGAACACAGCGAUUACUCGAGGAAAUUCAUGCCAUGAAGGAAGUAAAGCCUGAUGAAGUAACUAAAUCUGCUCUUGACGAUGAUAUCAGCUUUGAAAAAAUCUGCAAAAAGCCAGAUUCUACGGCAACUGAAAGAGCAAUUGCUAGACUAGCUACGCAUCCAUUACUGAAGAAGAAAAUAGAUGCAUUGAAAGCUGCUGUCAAAGCAUUUAAAGAUUCAAGACAGAAUAUUACUGAAAUUGAAUCAUUGAAGGAUUCUUCUGAAGAAAAUUACAGUGAGGACACAGGAGUAAAGCAGAGCUCUCCUGACAAUUUGAAUAAAUUCGAGCACCAAGAAAGUACAGUAAAAAAGGAAGAAAAUGUUAAAAUGUUAUCAAAGAAGCCAAACACACUUGAAAAACAAAUUGGUAAGAUGGCAGACAAGCAGAAAAUAGGUAUUCCUCCACCUAUGGCAUUAAAACCUUCUCAGGAGCCUUCUCUGAAUGCUUUUGAAACCCGAAAUACAGAUAGGAAAAAUCUUGCCAUCACCAACAAGACAAAUGGAACAAAAAUUUCUACCAUCAUCACUAAUGAUAGCAGUGAUGUGAAAGAACAGAGUGAAGAAGAGAAGGAAUAUUUUGAUGAUAGCACAGAAGAAAGGUUUUAUAAACAGUCUUCGCUGUCUGAAGAUAGUGAUAGUGAUGAUGAUUUCUUUAUUGGGAAAGUUAAGAGGACCAGAAAGAAGGAAAAUAGCUGCUGUUCUUCAGUUAAGGACCAAAAGACUUCCAAAAAAGUGUCACCUGAAGAAGAAAAGCUUGAGAAACUGGGGAGUAUGGAGAAAAUGAGGCCAACUACAAAAGCCAGGAGGCUAGAAUCAACAUUUUUUUCUUCUUUAUCUGAAUCCAGAAGGACAAGAAGAAAUGCCAGAGAACAGUUUCCUCAAAACAGAAUUCCAGCUUUUCAACAAAACGAGCCUAAGAUCAAGAAUCACCUUGACAGGAGUAUGUAUACAAGGCCUGAAAAUAAGAAGCAGCAAUUACAGCAGCCGCUUCAUCCUUCUUGGGAAGCAAGCCGGAAACGAAAAGAACAGAUGUCUAAAAUUGCAGUAUUUCAAGGGAAAAAAAUUACAUUUGAUGAUGACUAGUGGUUUUCUUUUUUUUUUUCUUUUGGUGAAUUUUUACAUUAGUUAAAAAGAUUCCCCUAUUUGUAUGAUCUAUUUUAGAUAAUUUUUACUUUUUAUUUUUGUCUCUUUUUUGUCUGAAUACUUUUAGGAAGCAAGAGGUUUUUUUUUCCUAUUUUAAUUCCAGUAACUUUAUAAGUGAGUUUCUGUACAUAUAUAUGGUGUACAUCUGUUAAUUAAAUUGCAUUUUAAAAUAAUUAUUACUAUAAUAAUGCCUGUAAGAAAAUAAAAUAUCAUGUUCUUGAAAAGUCUUCAUUACCUAACAUUUUGCCAUUUCAUAUUUAAAAAUAUUUUUGCAUUGUACUUUUUAUCUCAGAUUAUACUAGUUUUAGUCAUCAUAAAACAGUUUUUAAAAGUUAAUCCUGUUAUCAAAACUAAAAAUAUCAAAGUUGUCAUAUCCAUGUAAUUAAUGUUAACAUAUUAUACUUUGAGGAAGUUAAAAAUGCAAUCCAUAUUUUUUAUUUCUUUUGGUUUUUCUGUGGUGUUCAGGAUUGCACUCCAAACACUUUAGAUAAACAUUUGAAUCCAAACCAAAAAAAAAUGUUUCCUUUAAUUUUUAAACUCAUCAACAGUAAGUUUCUUUUAAUUCAGAAAUCCAUUGCAUAUAACUAAUGGGCCAUAUCCUCUUAGAAAAACAUUCACUGAGGUACAAUAUAAUAGGAGGUAAAUUUCAGAAUAGAUUAAAAUUAGAUAAUUGCUUCCGCUUUCAAGUUGGCCAGGGACAGACUACUGAGAUUACUCGCUAAGAAAGGUACUACUACUGAAAAUGCUACAAGUUUUAUUUUUUAAUAGGAAACCCCCACCCCCAAAAAAUGCCUUAAGGAUUUUUUUUCUCCUCUCAGCUGGGAGAAAUUAAAGGUUCUUGGUUAACUGAAUAACAAGCAUGAUCAAUUCCAUAUGUAUUAAGAGUUUACAGUGCACUUAUGGCAAGAAAAGCCAUCUGGUGAGCAGGAAAUUCAUGAGCUCUGAAAAGUUAUUUCUACCUUUCCUUAUGAACUUAAUGACUUAAAUAUUUAACUAAGGACAUAGGGACUACAGAAAUGUUCCAGAAAAUGGAAGCUCUAACGAGCUACAUUUGUAGAUUUGUUACACUGAGAGGCCAAAACAGGAGGUUGGAAAGACCAUCAAUGGCAGAGAACAAAAAUGCAGAAUACUUACUAGCUUGUGUUAUCCUGUCUCUUCCUCCCUUUGGCCACCAUUCCCAAAUCCCCUCUACUUCACCUCUCACUUUCUCACCAAAAGGUCACUUUUAUGGACGAGUUUUAAGUGUUUGGGCUAAGACGAACUAUUAGUUUGGAGUUUAGAAUGCAUGGGAUUUUGGGUUAAGGGGCAUGUGCUGUUCUCCAAAGUAUGGUAUUGUUUAACAAAGAUUCUAUUCAGUUAAGUCUUCAGUUGCACUCCCGUUUGUUUUGGUCUGUACCAUUACUACUCCCUUCUGUUAGUUAAUGUGCCUGAAUUAAAUAUCUUGGAUAGCACAGACCUGGGAGACAGUUAUUUACAGUCAUUUCUCACAUCUACAAGUAUUAUUCACAAUUACAAGUGUCUAGUGCCAAAUUUGUACAGACCUGUAGUGGAUUUAGAUUUCAGUGGAUUUUAAUCAUAUUUCUUGUGUCCAGUCUGUUCUCCAGUACAUUGAAUGAAACAGUGGACCUGCCUCCUUGAGUGGGCCUAUAUGAGGGUAGUUGUAAAAGUUCUGAAAAAUUCAGAGCAUAUUUAGGACCAUAAUAUCAAAGCAUUGUGCAGUCCCUACCCUGUGACCAUACAUGGUAAUACUCUUUACUUUUUGGAACAUGUGUUUCUCUUCUAGGAAAACUUGUUUUGAGAAAAAGCCAUCCUUCUGUGUGUUAUAUUCAGUACAAAAUAAUUUUGUUUUGUUGUUUUUCAACAAAGAUCGACAAAACUCUGUACAUGGAGAAGAGCUGUUUGUUAUUCCCAAACUCAACAAUACCCCUCCCCAAAAUAUUUAGUUUUUCCAAUUUUAACAAAUAAAGGGGAAUAGUUUAGUCUGUCUUUCAAUAGCUAUCAUCAGUUCCAUGAGUUGAAAGUAUCAUUUGUGUUUUGUGCUAAGAAGGGUGAAACUCUUUAGUACUUUUUGAUUUGCAUUUUAAUGACUUGAGUUUGUAUUCUUUAAGAGCAUUCCUUCACAUGUCAGUGUUUAUCAAGUAUAGAAAACUUUCUAGCAAUUCAAAACAUUGAAAAGCUUACAGUUGAGUGUGUAUGCAAAAAAUAACGAUCCUGUUAAAAAAGUGUCCUUUUAAUUCUUCCUUUAUAUUGUGGUGGGAUUUUUUAAACAUGUAUUAAAUUAAUUUUACAUGCUUUUGCAUUUUUUUAAAUUAAUGCAUUGAGAGGCAUUAGCAAAAUCACAGUUCCCUUGAAACUGUGGCUAUGUGAAUAUAUGUUUGCAUAGAACAUGUAAUUCAUAUAAUGUGUAUGUUAUGUGUGACACUAAAUAUAUUAAUUUUUUAAUAGGUAGAGUAGAGUAGAUAGAGAGUUAGCACUGGAGUCAGGAAGACCUGGAUUCAAGCCCUGCAUCUGACACAUACUGCGACCCUAGAUAAAUUUAUUUAAGUUCUCCUUGCCCUAGGCAACUCUCCAAGACUAUGAGUUUCAGAGAAGGUUCUGACCUGUAUUAAUAGAGGAAGUUUCCUAGGCUUAUGAAAUCACUGAGCCAUUCUCCUUCCUCAUAUUUCCACAUAGAAUACAGUGUGCAGCAAUCACAUAACAUCUGUAUAUUCCACAUGCAAAUAUCCUGGUUGAGUUCUUGACUCAAAACAAAAUUCAUCAAUGACAUACAUAACAACUAUAGUUAUUUCCCACCCUAUCUGUCCCCUUCUGCCUCCUUACCUUUCAGGGCAGUGGAGCUAGUAAGGGAAGAGAAAAGGAAAUAGUGAUAUUAAUAGAAUAAUAGAGCUAAAAAGGAAGCCAUCUGGUCCAGUUCCCUCAUUUUACAGAUGAGAAAAUUGACCUCUCCUAACUUCCCAGGUUAAGUGAAUUGUCCAAGCCCAUGUGGGUAACAGGCAUAGUCUAAACUUAGUCCCAGGUUGUCUGACCUCAUAUCCAGUAUUCUAUUUAGCCCACCAUGUUGAGUUCUAUUUUGUAAUAAAACAGAGCUAUGCACUCA